AUGGUUGCCGCUGGUUUGAUCCCUCUAGCCUCGGCCUACAACCAGUUCCUCAAGUCCUUCUCCAAGUUCAGCCACUUCAACCGUAUCCCCGGAGCAAUGCUCUCCACUGCUCGAAGUCUGACUGACGCUGACCUCAGCCUUGACGAUGGCGACAGCGCUGAAAACUCAGGAGAAAGAGUCGACGGAACAAGAGGAAGAGGAAGAAUCAGAGACGAAAUAGAGAGUGACGAGUUUGUGGGCAUUGGCAAGGUUGAUAUUAGUAGCGUUGGAGGAGCAGGGUUUGGUGGGAGUGGUGGCAGUGCAGGAAGGGGCUUUGGAGGUAAUAAUGGAGGAAGUGGCUUUGUAGGUGGCAAUGGAGGGAGUGGCUUUGGAGGUAGCAGUGGGGUAAGUGGUUUUGCAGGUAGCAGUGGAGGAAGUGGCUUUGCAGGUAACAGUGGAGGGAGUGGCUUUGGAGGUAGCAGUGGUGGAGGGAGUGCUGGAGGUGGAGGAGGUUAUGGAGGAGGCGGUGGUGGUGGCAGUGGCGGCGGCGGCGGUGGUGGCAGCGGUGGCGGCGGCGGCGGUGGUGGCAGCGGCGGCGGCGGCGGCGGCGGAAAUAUGGGAGGCCUGGCAGGCGCCAUCGCUGGAGGAGGCACACCCGGGGUGGACUACCCAAUCCUGACAGCAGUGCCAGCAACAAAUUUCACCUGCGCUGGGAAAGUACCAGGCUACUACGCCGACACUUCACCUCAGACACGCUGUCAAGUGUUCCACAUCUGUCAAAGAGGAGGGAGGAAGAACUCGUUCCUGUGUCCCAUCGGCACCGUCUUCAACCAGCAGUUCUUCGUCUGUGACUGGUGGUUCAGCUUCGACUGUAAAACUGCCAACCAGUUCUUCAAUCUUAAUAACGAGAUUGGGAAAGUUCCCGGAGGAGGAGGUGGAGGAGGUUACACUAUAAACAGUGUUAACAGUUGGGUUUAA